CUCAUUAUUAUUUUCACUCAUCCGACACUGGCAACCGUUUGCACAGCUUUGUUUUCGAGCCUUUGUCUCCUUCUUGAUUUAUUCUUCUCUUCCUUCAUUUGACAGUACUAUUUGCAUCAAACCAUGUUGUGCUCCAAGACGAUUGUCAACUCCACUCUUCGUUUGCUCUCCAUUGGAGCUCUGCUCUUGUUGUUGUUGGGAUCCUCCAACGCCACAACAACUCCUCCUCCGAGCGAUUGCGUCGACUCGUGGAGCGAUCUCAACCAGGCGUUCGUUGUCACCGACGACGACGCAAUGCCCAUUCUCAAGACGGUUGUCAUUUGUCCCGGCGCCGUCUUGGACGCGACAGGUGGAGCCAUCACCAUUGAUGGACAAGGAUUGGUGACCCUUCAGUGUGGUGACCAUGGACUUGUAGAAGACAGUUGUGUCAUUCAAGGCGGCGACCGCCAGUUCGACAUUGUUGGCCGCUACGCGAUGCUUCGAGGACUCACAUUUCGAGGCGCUUCUUCGUGUGCUGUUAGCGUCGAGACAGACAUGCCAGGACCGGCUACACCACCCGACACAGUCUUUGAGCAAUGCCUCUUCGAAGACAACUCGUCGGGAGACCUUGCUCUGGCAGCGGCUGCUGUGGUGUACAAUGGUGGACACGUUCGAUUCGAAGACUGCGUUUUCAGGGGCAACACGGCCUUUGAAGGAGCGAUUGAUGUCCACGGUGGCACCGCAUCGUUUGAUAGCUGCGUAUUCGAAAGCAACGUAGCAACGGGCGACACGAAUUCGCUUGGCGGAGUUGUUUAUGCCUACGGUGAGAAUGGAAGUGCCAACAUCACCAAUUGCUGUUUCGUGGACAAUGAGGGAAUUUCCCUAGUAUUUCUACGAGGCGGUGCUACGAUCCUCCGAAACGUCAACAACUACGGAGACAACACCAUGCAGGUUGGCUGCAACGGGAUUCUGGACGAUGGAGAAAAUAUGUGUGGAGAAUUUUCAGCCAAUUCUUGUGGUCUCACCACGCCAAGUGCCACGCCCAGCUCUCCUCCAAGCGCGAUCCCGAGUUUGGUUCCCAGCUCUGGUCCCAGUGCGCUUCCAACAAUGUCGAAAGCACCAAGCAAUGCUCCCUCAUCUUCUCCUUCCUCUGCACCGUCCUCGAAUCCGACCAGCUCAAGCAAGCCAAGCAGUGAUCCAUCUGUUUCCCCGUCCGCGACGCCAUCUGGGUCACCGUCGUUUGAUCCUUCGAGCUCACCAAGCGUCUCUGCUGAGCCCUCCUUUGGUCCAACUGCAAUGCCAAGCAGUGCUCCCUCUAUGUUUCCUGCAAUUUAUCCUUCUGGGUCGCCGAGUGCUGUCCCAUCGAAGAAGCCCUCGCCUGCUGUCGAUGUCAUCUCUCCUGUGGCCCCGACCCCGACCAAGGGCCCAACCAAUGCCCCAGAAACGACACAGGCACCCACACCUCAGGGGAGCAAUCCAGGACAAGGCCGUAAUAGCGACAAAAGCGGGACCGCCUCGUCCAUGUCCCUUCAGAUUCUAGCUUCGGUGGGUGCAGUCGUGCUCACAAUUGCUUUUGUGUAAAGAGCCGAACAGCAGCAAUAUGGCCGACAUCGGCUUGUCAGUGGCGGACGAGUCAGCAGGUUGCAAGCGCUGCUGAAUGCUGAAUGAUGAUUCAAUCCGUUUGGUUCCCAGAAACAGUACCAGUACGGUUUCACCGUGGAUAGUGUUUAAGAAUUAGUCAAUACCAACAAAACUC